UAUGCUCUGUCGUCAUAUAGGAGUCAUGUCAUGUUAUAUAUGUAAUUAAUGUAAGUAGGAGUAGGAGUUUCACAAAUAAUUGAUAUUCUCUCAGUUUUACACAUGUUCGUAUUCAAUUGUUGAAACUCUUGAUAAAAAAAUAGAUUAUUUCUUUAACAAAUAAGUAUGACUUCUAUUAACGAAGUUAGUUCGUUACCUAAAACAAAGAAACCUUCUGACAGUGCAUUUAAGCAGCAACGUUUACCUGCUUGGCAACCAAUACUUACAGCUGGGACUGUUUUACCAACAUUUUUUGUGAUUGGGAUUGCUUUUAUACCAGUUGGAGUUGGAUUGCUUUAUUUUUCUGAUCAAGUUAAAGAAUACAUUUUAGAUUAUACAGAUUGUAAUUCUACAAAUAUAUUUCGUGCAAAAGGAAUGCCUGUUAAAUGUGCGGAUAUUAUAGCAGAAGGUCAUAGUCAACCUUGUUAUUGUAAAAUAAAUUUUACUUUGCCUUCUGACUUCAAUGGAAAAAUUUAUAUGUAUUAUGGUUUGACUAAUUUUUAUCAGAAUCACAGACGAUAUGUAAAAUCAAGAGAUGAUAAUCAACUGUUAGGAAAAUUGAGUCCUGAUGUCUCUGGGGAUUGUGAACCAUUUGCUUAUGUUGGAGAAACACCUAUUGUACCAUGUGGUGCUAUUGCUAACUCAUUAUUUAGUGAUGAUUUAACAUUAUUUUCUUUAAAACACAAAGCUCCUGUACCAUUAUUAAAGACUGGUAUAGCUUGGCCCUCAGAUAAAAAUAUUAAAUUUAGAAAUCCAGAGGGUAACUUAAGAGAAGUAUUUAAGAAUUUUACAAAACCAAAAAAUUGGGAUAAAUAUAUUUAUGAGUUAGAUAAUGAAAAUGAAAGCAAUAAUGGUUUUCAAAAUGAAGACUUGAUUGUUUGGAUGAGAACUGCUGCUUUGCCUACUUUUAGAAAACUUUACCGCAGAGUAAAUCAUACAGUAGAUGGCUUCACUGAAGGUCUAGUAGCAGGGAAUUAUACACUUACUGUUAAUUAUACAUAUCCUGUGUCUGCCUUUGAUGGCAGAAAAAGAAUGAUUUUAAGCACUACUUCUCUUCUUGGUGGAAAGAAUCCUUUUCUUGGCAUUGCUUAUAUAGUUGUAGGAUGUAUUUGUUUGUUGUUAGGCAUUACAUUAUUAAUAAUACACAUCAAAUGUUCUAAAAGCAAACUAAUGUAAAGAUGACUGCAACAAAGUAUGCUUAGGGCACCGUAAUUGUUCUUUGUAACAGAGAUGAUAAAUGUGACUCCAAAUACACCAUAUCAAGAAUAAUUAUACAUAGUUGUUAUAAAAAUUGAAGAACAUUCUGGAUAUCCUGCAUUUAAUUUGUAAGUGUCAAUAUAAAAUAAUUCAGUUUAAGAUGUAUAUUUAAUAAAAAUUGUUUAUUAAUUCAUGUAUUUUUUUAGUAGAUAUUUCAAUCUAUUUUUUCUGUUAUACUUAUAUUAAUUGUUAUUUUAUAGAAGGAACAUUAUAAUUCUCUGUUGUUAUGAAGAAUAUAAAAAAUCAAUAUGUAAUGUCAACAUAGUAUUUAUGUAUGAUAAAAUAUAUAUUAUAACAUAAGAUUAUAACAUUUAUUAGGACAUAGAACGUAAGAUUGUAAGUAUUUAUAUAUAUUUUAUGUACAUGUAUUGAGAUACUCAAAGUAUAAAUCACUUUAGAAUGAUGUAAAAACAUCAAAAAAGGUAACAUACAAAUUUUCUAUAUUUUUGAAACUCUAACAAAUUAAAUAAUUUCACUGAAAAAUCAACCUGGUUAGAAACAAAUAAAAGUUAUAAAUAUGAUUUGCCACAAUAUUAGAAUAGAAACAAUAUGAUUUUUGUGUAUCUUAAUACAUUUUAAGUUUUUAUGUGUAAUACAUUAUUAUAUAGUACAUUUUCAAGUUAUAACUUAUUGUGAACUAUUUUUAGUUUUAUUCUAGUCAUUCGCAAAUGUAUAAAUAUAUGUAUAAAUAAAAGAAUCACAAUAACUUUCA